AUGCUCGUUGGAGUACUUGAUGAAGAUUCCUUGAAGCUAUACACUCUAAUCUGGUCUCGGACUGUGGCAUGCCAGAUGGAAUCUGUUACUAUUGAGCAGGUGCAAGUUGACAUUGGGAAUGCUGAAAAGUCCAUUGUUUUGAGAUCUUCAUGCUCAAGAGUUGAGUUUCCUGGAUACCAGGCAGUUUAUGAGGAUGUUGAGGCUGGAGCUGUAAGAUAUAGGGAAAGUGAUUCGCAUGAUCGUCAAGAAGCUUUUGGAAUUCUUGCUUCACUUAAGACAGGGGAUCCAUUGCAUCUUGAGGAAGUAGAUAUGAAGCGGCACUUUACUGAGCCUCCACCACGCUACUCUGAGGGAUCACUGGUUAAGAAGCUGGAGGAACUUGGCAUUGGAAGACCUUCAACGUAUGCCAGCACACUGAAGGUUUUAAAGGAUAGGAACUAUGUGACUGUAAAAAACCAUGUACUGCAUCCAGAAUUUCGUGGUCGCAUGGUGUCGGCAUUUCUCUCUCACCAUUUUACUGAGGUCACGGACUACAGCUUUACUGCUGAUAUGGAGACUGAGCUUGAUAAUGUUUCUGCUGGCUUAACUGAAUGGAAAGGCCUUCUCAAAGAUUAUUGGACACGAUUUCGGUUGUAUUGUAGCCGUGCUGAAAGUGUCCAUAUUCACCAGGUGGAGAAGAUGUUGGAGAGAACAUAUGGCCAUUUUUUGUUCGCUUCGCUCCCUGAUAAAAGUAGAACAUGCCCAUGGUACAUUGCAAAGACGUUAUAUGGUGAUGAUGAUGAAGAAGAAAAUCCUCAAAGUACUAAUACUGAUGAACCAAAAGUGCUUGGCGUUCAUCCAACUUCCAAUGAAAAGGUUUUCCUUAAAAACCUAGCUCUUUGCAUGAGACUUCUUUUGAAGAACGGGCCUUAUGGAUUCUACAUACAGCUUGGUGAUGACAGGAAGGGUCACACACCUAAAAGAUCUUCUGUUUCCCAUAUAAAGGAUGUGGAUGCUAUUACUCUUGAAGUUGCUCUCGACUUGCUACGCUACCCUCUGACAUUGGGUGACCAUCCGAAGGAUGGGCAACCAGUGAUACUAAAGCUUGGAAAGGUUGGAUAUACGAUCAAACAUCGUCGUACACUGGCUUCUGUGCCUAAGAAUUUGAAGCCGGAGAACAUUACCAUGGAGAAAGCAUUGCAGAUUUUAUCAGGUAAAAAUGUAAGUCUAUCCGGGCGACCGAAGAGCAAACCGAAAGUAGAAGAAGCUGUUCAGGCUAUGUAG